GUUUGCCGUGUUUUGUUGCAGAUCACUCAGUUUCCCAGCCAAUUAUGGUGCAGAGAAGACCUGGGCAGGGCUUCCAUGUGAACAGUGAGGUGAACUCUGUGCUGUCCCCACGCUCGGAGAGCGGCGGGCUGGGGGUCAGCAUGGUGGAGUACGUGCUGAGCUCAUCUCCUGGAGACUCCUGCCUGAGGAAAGGAGCAUUUGGGCCGAGGGAUGCAGAGAGUGAUGAGAAUGACAAAGGGGAUAAGAAAAGCAAGGGCACGUUUGACGGAGAUAAAUUGGGAGAUCUGAAGGAGGAGGGGGAUGUGAUGGAUAAAUCCAAUGGUUUGCCUGUCCAGAACGGCAUCGACGCCGACGUCAAAGACUUCAGGUACGUGCUCAGUAAUUAAUCAAUUAAUGCUCAGUUAUUAAUC